AUGGAUGCCCUCGACUUCGGCCAUCUUCUUGGUCGCCGUCCUCUGGCCCCCGGCCUCGGAUCCUUCCCCGGCGGUGGCGGCUCUGCCAUGCACAUGGAUGGCUCCGAGCUUCCUGUGCGCCAACUUCUGGCCCCCGGCUUCGAGCUUCCUGUGCGCCAUCCUCUGCCCCCCGGCCUCUGUCGUUUCUGCGGCGGCACCAUGGACACGGUGACGGAGCACACCAACCCCUUCAGCUUUGGGCUUGAUCUUGCUUGUCUUCCGCCCCACGGUUUCGGUCCGUUCUCCGGCGGUGAUGCCGUGCACGCGGAGCAGAUGGAUGCCUUCACCUUGGAGCUUCUUGAUCGACCUCUGACCACCGGGUUCGGUCCGUUUUCCGGUGGCGGCGCCGGGAAAAUUGAGCACACUAAUCCCUUCAGCUUCGGCCUUGAUCUUGCUCCUCCUCCGCUCACCGGCUUCGGACCGUUCUCCGGCGGCGCCGGCAUGCGCACGGAGCAAAAGAAUCCCUUCACAAUCGAGGUUCUUGAUGAUGAUCUUCCUCUGCCCAUGGGCUGCUUCGGUCCGUUCUCACCCGGGGCCGCCGAGCACACGGGACCAAUGGAGGUUGACGAUUACCUCCGGGCCAUCGGCGCACUCCCUUCGCCUCCGCCCGCCGGUUUCCCAAGGGUCUACGGCAACCCCUUCGCCGACGGCACCAGCCUCACUAUGGAUCGUCCGGCGGCGUGGGACCUGUACCAUGGCCACGUCCAGCCGUUCGUCGAGGUGCCUGUACCACUCCCAGCGCCCACCGCUCCGGCCUCCGACCGCGCCAACAUCAAGAACUCCAAGACGCGCCCUGCAGAGCCCUACGACGAUGACAUCGACGCCACCCUCCGGGCCAUGGAGAAGGACGCCAAGGAGCGGCCCUCGUCGGACUACCUGGAGACGACGCAGGAGGGGCGGAUAAAUCCGAGGAGGCGCGCCUCCCUCGUCCGCUGGAUGGGCAGGUUCUCCCGGCGCUACGACCUCGCCCCCGGCACGCUCCACAGCACCGUCUCCUACGUCGACCGCUUCCUCUCUUCGCGACCCCUCAUCACGGUCAGCCGCCAGCAGCUCCGCCUCCUGGGCGCCGCGGCCGUCUAUGCCGCAGCCAAGUACGAGGACCAGGGCACCACGCAGAAGCUGAACUCCAAGGAGAUCGCCCUACGCUGCGGGAAGCACACCACGGGCCAGGAUGUGCUCGACAUGGAGCGCGAGCUUCUCGCGGCGCUAGACUACCGGCUCGGCCGCCCCACGGCGUGCACGUUCGUGGGCCACUUCACGCGGAGCUACAGCCAGGGGGAGGAGGACCUGGAGGUCCAGCACACGGCGCAUUACCUCGCGGACAUAUCACUGCUCGACUACGGCUGCCUGAAGCUCAGGCCGUCGGUCGUGGCCGCGGCGGCGAUCUUCCUGGCGAGGCUGACACUGAAGCCGUCGUACGGGCAGGUGAGGAGGUGGAACAGGGACCUCAAGGAGCUGACGGGGUACAGGCCCAAGGACUUGAAGUAUGGCGUUGAAUCCAUGUGCUCCCUGAUGCGUAAGCGUGAUCGUAGCUUCGACGUCGUCACCUUUCCAGUGUUCUACGCGGAUCCUAGCUAG